AGAAGCCAUUUGCUUCCAUCCUGUAUACUGCUGUAUUGGGUGGUAAAGUAGCUCUUCCAUGUGACAUCUCCUCCCCCUCCGCUGAUGACUCCGCAGCUCUGAUCCUCUGGUAUAAAGAUGACUCUGCUCAGCCUAUUUAUACCUUGGACUCCCGCCGGGGCAACGUGGACCAAGCCCGUCAGUCCUCCGGUCCUCAGCUGGAGAACCGAGCUUAUUUUAACAUGAUCAACAAGCCAGCUUUCUUACAGCUGGAUCCAGUGAAGGAAGGUGACGCUGGAGAAUACAGGUGUCGAGUAGACUUCCAUAAGGCCAGGACUGUUAACACCGUCAUUACUUUGAAAAUCAUAGUUCCACCUGGAGAACCGAUCAUUUUAGACGAACAAGGUCAAAAACUCGAGGGUCUCGUUGGACCUUACAACGAAGGCAACUCGCUUACAAUAGCUUGCCAGGCUAGCGGUGGCAAACCACGGCCAUCUGUGACCUGGUGGCGAGAUUACGCCCUUUUGGAUGAUAACUACACAUUUGAACUCGGAGAUGUUGUACAAAAUAAGUUAACAAUUGACAAACUCCAUCGACAUGACCUAUUAGCAGUGUUAACUUGCCAAGCGUCUAACAAUAACAUUACCGUGCCAGCAUCAAAUGCCAUUACUAUUGACCUCAAUUUGAAACCAGUAAAAGCAGUCAUCACACCUUCUAAAAAGCCUAUAGUUGCUGAUAAAGAAACUGAGCUGAUCUGUAAAGCAAAAGGAUCUCGUCCUGCUGGAAAAAUCACGUGGUGGAAAGGGAAUCAGCAAAUGCAGAAUACACGAGAAAGCAUCGUGCAUAACGGCGCUACCAGUAGUAUCUUAACCUUUACGCCAUCUAUUGACGAUAACGGAAAGUAUUUGUCCUGUCGAGUAGAAAACCUUUUGAUUCGUGGAAGCGCUGUUGAAGACGGCUGGAAACUGGACGUACAAUACCCUCCUCAAGUGACUCUUCAACUUGGCACUAACCUGAAAGUAACGAAUAUUCAAGAUGGAAACGAUGUUUACUUUGAGUGUAAUGUUCGAGCAAACCCUUGGAUCCACGAAAUAAGCUGGCAGUUUGAAGGUCAGGAUCUCUCAACCAAUACGUCAGCAGGCGUCAUCAUUAGCAACCAAUCGCUGGUGUUACAGAAAGUACAGCGACAAUACAGAGGGCGUUUCACCUGCUCUGGCAGUAAUAACCAAGGUCUAGGAAUUAGUAACGAGAUAUUUCUAAAGGUUCAGUAUGCUCCGUUAUGCAAACCAGGACAAAAGACCAUGUAUGGUGUAGCCAAGUACGAACCAGUCGAGGUAUUGUGUGAACUCGACUCUGAUCCUGAUGACGUCACGUUUCACUGGCGUUUCAAUAGUUCAUACAAGAGGUCAGAUAAAAUCGUGUACUCUGUUGAACGAGCACAGAGCAAAGCGACUUAUAAUCCAGAAUCGGACGAAGAUUACGGAAAACUUCUGUGUUGGGGAACAAACAAUAUAGGAAUCCAGAGACAACCCUGUGUUUUUACUAUUGUUCCUGCAGGCGAGUAUUAAUUCAGAGACAACCCUGUGUUUUUACUAUUGUUCCUGCAGGCGAGUAUUAAUUCAGAGACAACCCUGUGUUUUUACUAUUG